UUGGUCUCUACUUCCCCAGGAAAGAAUACUUGGAAAAUGUUUACAUUGAUGAACCAGCAGGUACACCACUUCUGCGCAUCCACACCUUGAGGGAUUCACAUGGAGAGGUGGCCCACUUUCAUCUGUGCCAGAACCUCAUCAUUUCUCGAGCAAGAUCACAUGAAAACAAUUGGUUUCAAAUCAGAGAAAAAACAGGACUUCUCUACCUCAGUAAAAGCCUGGAUAGAGAAGACUUCAACAUGCUGUCUGUAGGAAACUGGAUGCCAUUAUCAAAGGUGAUGCUGUAUGUCUUCCUUUCAUCCCACCCCUUUCAAGAGAAGGAAUGUGACUCGGCUACACGCACCACAGUUUUCCUCUCCUUGAUGAAUGCUACUGCACCAGCUUGCAGUUCCCUGACAGCAAGGCAGCUUUGCUUCACAGAAAUGGAUCUCUCCUUUCACAUCAAGGAAAAUAAACCACCCGGCACAUUUCAUCAGCUCCAGUUACCCUCAAUUCAUCAUCUGUGUCAGAAUCUUAGCAUUUCCUACAAAUUGCUGGCAGCUGAAGGUAUGCCCUUCCGAUACAAUGAGAACACCACUGGUGUGAGUGUGACGCAGCGCCUAGAUCGAGAAGAGAGAGAGAGAUACGAGCUGAUAGCCAAGUGUACCGUGAGAGAGGGCUUCAGGGAGAUGCAGGUGGAGGUGCCUUUCCUGGUGAAUGUGUUAGAUGAAGAUGACUCUCCGCCCUUUCUGCCCAAUGGCACUGAUACUGCAGAUGCUGUCGUGGAGUUCAACAGGAAAGAGGGAACUGUUCUUGCAACGCUAGCUGUAUACGAUGCAGACACAACACCUAUUUAUCCCCUUGAAAGCAGCAGAAAGAAAUACACAGGAACCAUUAUUACUGACGAUCCCUGGAUGAGUGAGACAUUUCGGGUAGAGCACAUCUUCGAUGAAAUCCACUUCAGCCCAAAUGGCAGCCAAGUGAGGGGAACUCGACACGAGUACAAACUGGUACUUAAUAAAAGCAUUUCAGUCACAGAGCAUCGUUCCUUCCUGUUGGAUGUUUUGGUGAAUGACACAGAGUUUCAUGGCCCAGAAAGAUCCGUGAUGCUUCAUUUCAAUGUCUCCAUCCUCCCUGUGAGCAUUCAGUUUCCAAACAUGACCUACCAGUUCACAGUCAACAGAAAUGCUGAACGCUUUGCACAAAUAGGAAAAAUCUGCAUUGAAAACUGUAUGAAGUUCCGUGGUGUGAACAUCACCUACAAGUUACUGUCCCCCAACACAAGCUGCUAUGCUGUCAGCAUACUUCAAGGCCGAGAAGACAAAUAUGGAAGCCUUUAUGUGAAUGAUUCCUCUGUGCUGCGCAGACCUGAAUGCAAGGAAAUACAAUACACUAUUCAAGCUACAGACAAGCAGAGCAGGAAACAUACCAAAACCCUCCUCACUGUUUUCUUGGAAGGAACUCUUUUAAAGAAAGAGGAGGACUGUCCUGACUCUUGUGCUGUGAGUAAGCAUCAUGGUGAAUGUGAAGAGUGUGGUGGCCUGGGGGUGCUAACAGGAAGAUGCCAGUGGAGACAGGGGAGUGGAAAAGGGAUCACCACAAACUAUUCCACAUGCACCCCGAGUAUCAAGACUUGUCCGGAUGGCAUCUGUGAUGUGAUUGAGAGCAAAGAUCCAGCUGUGUGUCCCCAAGACUGCACAAGUGGAAACAUUAUUGGUGGUCAUGGGAAAGGCAUUGGAAAUCUUGGAAUUAAGUCUGGACAUGGCAUUUGUUACUGCUUCCCAAGACAGAACUGUUACUGUGAGAAAGAUGAUAUCAAGGAGCCACUAUGUGAUGAUGUGUGCAAGACUGUGAUAGCAGGAGCAGUGCUGCUGUCCUUCAUCAUCUCUGUGCUGCUUUCUACCUAUUUCAUCCAUCGUUACCACAAGAAUUCUCCGAAGCCACCUAUUGCCUCUGCAGAAAUGACGUUCCGGCGCCCAGCCCAGUCCUACCCCAUCAGUUACUCUUCUACUAAUGUCCGCCGGCCUUCUUUAGAUUCUAUGGAGAACCAGGUGUCUGUAGACACCUUUAAAAUACCAGAAGAUCCAAAAUGGGAAUUUCCUCGGAAGAACCUAGUUUUGGGCAAGACUCUUGGAGAAGGAGAAUUUGGAAAGGUUGUCAAGGCAACAGCAUUCCGACUCAAGGGAAGAGCUGGCUAUACCACUGUAGCAGUGAAAAUGUUAAAAGAAAAUGCUUCUCAGAGUGAGCUGCGAGAUCUGCUUUCAGAGUUCAACCUUUUGAAACAGGUUAACCAUCCUCAUGUCAUCAAACUGUAUGGAGCCUGCAGUCAAGAUGGCCCACUGUAUUUAAUUGUGGAAUAUGCUAAAUAUGGCUCAUUGCGCAGUUUUCUCAGGGAAAGUCGAAAAGUAGGACCAAGCUACGUGGGUAGUGAUGGCAACAGAAAUUCAAGUUACUUGGAUAACCCUGAUGAGAGAGCCUUAACAAUGGGAGAUCUGAUCUCGUUUGCAUGGCAGAUAUCACGAGGGAUGCAGUACCUUGCAGAAAUGAAGCUCGUCCAUCGUGAUUUAGCAGCCAGGAAUGUAUUGGUGGCAGAAGGGCGCAAAAUGAAGAUCUCUGAUUUUGGCCUCUCCCGUGAUGUGUAUGAAGAAGAUUCAUAUGUCAAGAGGAGCAAGGGUCGGAUACCUGUUAAAUGGAUGGCCAUAGAGUCCCUAUUUGAUCAUAUCUAUACAACACAAAGUGAUGUAUGGUCAUUUGGAGUUCUGCUAUGGGAGAUUGUAACUCUGGGAGGCAAUCCCUACCCAGGCAUUGCUCCUGAAAGACUCUUUAACCUCCUAAAAACAGGCUAUAGAAUGGAGCGACCAGAAAACUGCAGUGAAGAAAUGUACAACCUAAUGUUACGCUGUUGGAAGCAAGAACCUGAUAAAAGGCCGACAUUUGCUGAGAUCAGCAAGGAACUAGAGAAAAUGAUGGUGAAGAGUAGGGACUACUUAGAUCUUGCAGCUUCCACACCUUCUGAUUCCUUACUUUAUGAUGAUGGGCUCUCAGAAGAGGAGACACCUCUCGUGGACUGUAAUAAUGCUCCCCUCCCUCGAACCCUCCCUUCCACAUGGAUUGAAAACAAACUCUAUGGUAGAAUUUCACAUGCAUUUACUAGAUUCUAGCAACACACACACAAAAUUUCUUCUGCACUGUUCUCAGACUCUGUAACCCCAUUACAGUGUUUCUUGUUUGAAUGGAGCCAGUCAAAAUUUGCUUGGAAGCUUCUUUUGGGUUCUUUUGUUUGUUUUUUAUUUUGGUAAAUGUCAAAGUUUGCAUCAGGAUCAUCCUUUAGUCAUUUUGCAGCUGUGUUUAAAAUGAACAUUUUUAAAAGGAUGUGAAAAUACGUAAAAUGACUAGAUAUCAUACAGUAAAAGAAAAAAGAUCAGGGAUGUAAUCUCAGGGGAAAUAUAAAAUGCUAAUGAGUAUCUAAUUCAACUAUCCUAUUGGGGGAGGUUGGGAACAUUUGAAAUAUGUUUGAUUCUGCAAGUCCAAUUUAAGCAAUAGAUGUUUUUUUUUAAAUACUGAGUUUUGCCAUAGCUCAGUCAUAGGACCCAUCUGCAACAUUUUUCAUAUAUCAAGAUGGAUUUCUAUAUUUCAGCUGCUGUUAAUGUGUUCUGGAUCCAUAAGCUGAAAUGUCUAUUUAAUGUAUCAUAGAAUGAAACCAGAGUAUAAUAUACAGAAAGUAGAAAUACUGUAUAUAGGUAUUAUAUACAGACUAAAUUGACAUGUAAAGUCCUUUGAAUAUUGAAUUAACAAUGGGUAUUUUGAAAAUACACUCAGCUGUUUUCACGUCCUUUGAUUUAUUAUGAAAAUGUCAGUACUAAACCUUGAUUGAAUGAUGUAGCAAGUGUUUUUAAAAAGAACAUAUGCUUUCAUAUUGUGAUGGUGAGAUGGACAGUAAAAAUGGUUCUUGCCAAAACUCCUACAUUUUGUCUCCUGAUUAAAUACUCUGCAUGUUAGAUACUUACUAACAUCACAGAUAUUUUUCCCAUU